CCAGAGAGAGAGAGAGAGAGAGAGACGGGGGAGAGAAUACUUUGCGUCUCUGGCCUAGUUUGGUGGUGUGGCAGGUCAGUCCCUUUGAACUUCUUUUAAGGCAGAGGAGAGAGAGAGAGACCGUGCUUUGAUUGCGUGUGGGUUGGGUUGGGUAUAGGCUGUUCACUUCCUCUGUGCUCUCAUUACUUUUCUAUCUCUCUUUAGAAUCUCUUACCCAUCACCAUCAUCGUUUUCAUCAUCAUUACGAUAUCAUCACCACCCUCUGUCUCUCCCCGUUGUUUUUGUUCUUGUUGGAAAGAAACACUGACCAGAAUCUCUACUAGUAUCUUCUUGCUGAUCCAACUCAUCAUCCCUCUCUUGUUCGUUUGGUGUCAUAAUUAUUUGUGGCUUUUCAGUGGAUUCCAGUGGAUUUUCAGUGUGGUAAUUUGAAAAUAUUGAUCAAGGAUGGGGUUAGAUUAUUGGGGUCAUCUGCUAGUAUUGAAACCCUAAUGUGUGCAGAUCACCCUUGUGAUUAACUGAUUGCGGAAGGGUUCCAUUUGCUACAAAUCACUUCAGUCUGAAUUCCGAAUUUACCGAAUAAAAAGGUUCUUUAAGCAUUUGGGAAUGCUUCAAAUCUUGGGUUUUGUAUGGGAAGCUUGAAAUAGGUAUGAACUACUAGUUGGCAUUGCUGAUGCAAUGGGUGGGCUUUGCUCAAGGAGAUCCACUGAAGAUGGUACAACCAACACAGGCUUUCCACAUGUUAAUGGUCAUUUUAACUAUGGUUCUGGAAUAGUUUAUCAGUCUCGGGGAGUGGUUGCCAACUUGAAUAGCAAUUUGACGCCGCCUCUGGUUGGGGAAACCAUGGAUAAGCAAUUAGGAGAAUCCUUUUCACUUCCGGAGGUGAAUACGAUUUCAUAUGGGAUGAAUGUGGAUGAUAUCAAUGAUGGGAGUCCACGUUUGUCUAGGGCUUUGUCGGACAAAUCAAAAGCAACAAAGUCUAAGCAGGCUGUUGCGAAGGUUUCAGAAGUGAGCUCUCUUUUGGGCAGAGCAGGUACUGCUGGGCUUGGAAAGGCAGUAGACGUUUUGGAUACUCUUGGUAGUAGCAUGACGAAUUUGAACCUUAGCAGUGGUUUUGUUUCGGGCGUUGUAACAAAGGGAAAUAAAAUUUCAAUUUUGGCUUUUGAAGUUGCGAACACAAUUGUCAAGGGUGCGAAUCUUAUGCAAUCUCUUUCGAGGGAAAGCGUUAAACAUUUGAAAGAGGUGGUGCUUCCCUCAGAAGGUGUGCAACGUUUAAUAUCAAGAGAUAUGGAUGAACUCCUUAGAAUUGCUGCAGCUGACAAGAGGGAUGAACUGAAAAUUUUUUCUGGAGAAGUGGUUCGCUUUGGAAAUCGAUGCAAAGAUCCUCAGUGGCACUACUUGGAUCGUUACUUUGAGAAGCUUAGUUCAGAACUUACACCCCCAAAACAGUUGAAAGAAGAAGCAGAAACCGUGAUGCAGCAGUUGAUGACUUUGGUUCAGUUUACUGCUGAACUGUAUCAUGAGUUACAUGCCUUGGACAGAUUUGAACAAGAUUAUCGGCGCAAGCAACAGGAAGAGGACAACUCAAAUGCUGCUCAAAGAGGAGAUGGCCUUGCAAUCUUAAGGGCUGAGUUGAAGAGUCAAAGGAAGCUUGUGAGAAGUUUGAAAAAGAAAUCACUCUGGGCCAAGAUUUUAGAAGAGGUAAUGGAGAAACUUGUAGACACUGUCCAUUUCUUACAUUUGGAGAUUCACAAUGCUUUUCGUUCUGCUGAUGGAGAUAAACCUGUGAAAAACAAUAACCAGAAAUUGGGAUCUGCGGGUCUUGCAUUGCAUUAUGCAAAUGUUAUUACUCAAAUUGAUACACUUGUAACACGAUCAAGUUCUGUCCCUCCAAAUACAAGGGAUGCUCUAUAUCAAGGACUCCCUCCUACUAUCAAGUCAGCUUUACGCUCCAAGUUACUGUCAUUUCAGCUUAAGGAAGAGCAUACUGUUCCCAAAAUAAAAGCUGAAAUGGAGAAAACAUUGCAGUGGCUCAUUCCCAUUGCCACUAACACAACCAAAGCACAUCAUGGCUUUGGUUGGGUUGGAGAAUGGGCAAACACUGGGUCUGAUGUGAACAGGAAGGCGACUGGGCAGGUCGACUUAAUCCGAAUCGAAACACUUCAUCAUGCUGACAAGGAAAAAACUGAAGCUUACAUUCUUGAAUUGGUGGUGUGGCUUCAUCAUCUUGUUACCCAAUCAAGGGCUGCAACAAAUGGUGGAAUCAGAUCCCCUAUUAAAUCCCCAAUUCGCUCGCCGAAUCAAAAGAUGAUUCAAUUAUCCACACAUAAAUCCAGUUCUCCAUCACCCACGCUGACAGUUGAAGAUCAAGAGAUGCUUCGGGAUGUAAGCAAGAGGAAACUGACACCUGGCAUAAGUAAAAGUCAGGAAUUUGACACGGUGAAAACCAGGUUAAGCAAGCACCACAGGCUGAGUAAAAGCAGUAGCCACUCCCCGACGAGUGAAACUAAAAAGGAUCCUUUCCCCAUCAGGUGGCCAUCGUCGUUACCUAUCAUCAACUUUGAUAUUGACCGUAUCAAAGCCUUGGAUGUCAUUGAUCGAGUGGACACAAUUCGAAGUGUAAGUAUGUGAUGGUGUCAGAUGCUCGGGCAAAGCAUAUGCAUUUGAGGGCCAUCUGCUCUGCUGCAUUUUUUUUUUGUUUUUCAUGCGGGGUUCUUUAACUUGGUUGCAAGGGAGAUGCCAUGUGAGAUGGGUCCAAAGGUGAUAAGUGAUGUAAGCCGGUAGUGUUUUGCUUGUGAAUUAACAAAUGAUCGAAUGGGUCAGAAUGAUUAUCUGAGGGGAUUUUGACUGUUGAGAGAGAUCGGUUGGAUAUGGAGCUAAUCGGGCGAGUAGUUUUCAUUGGUGCCGUAUGUAAUAUGUACAGAAUGAUCUACAAUCUUGCCAAUAAUUGAUAAUUAUGGUCAAGUUCCUUGUCUUUGGUAAUCAAACAAGUCCAGUUGUGCUCUUUCACAAUGUGAAAUGCCAUAAGUUUGGAUUUGCAGGCCAA